GCCGGGUGGGAGCGGGCGAGUGUGCGCCCGUGUGUGUGUGUGUGUGCGCGCGGGGAGCGUGCGCGCGCGGGGCCUGCCCAUUCUCCUCCGGCCGCGGCCGCGCCGCCAGCAGCUGGAGCCUCCGCCGGGGCGAGCGGGAGACGCACCCUGCGAGGAAGCUGCACCGUACCGCGCCGCGCCGCGCCGCGCCGCGCGGGGCCGGGCACUCCCCCCCCCCCUACACACUCGGGAGGGCCAGGCGCCUCUUCGCUCGCUUCCUCACGGCUGCGGGGCGCAGCGCUCGAGCACGCGCUGCCCCGGGACUGCACCUGGAGGCGCCGGGCUGGCAUGGUCGGCGGCUGCUGCCGUCUGGGAAGCGAGCGGGACGCGGCGAGGGCAGCAUGGCGCUGACUGCCCACGGGGCUCGGUCGGCGGGGCGGCUCGGGCCCGCGCUCUGGCUGCUGUUCUGCACCGCCGCGUGGCGCCCGGGGGCUUGGGCGUGCCCCGCCCUCUGCACCUGCAGCGGCACCACGGUGGACUGCCACGCCGCCGGGCUGCAGGCCGUGCCCAGGAACAUCCCGCGGGGCACUGAGCGCCUGGAACUCAACGGCAACAAUAUCACUCGGAUCCACAGGAAUGACUUUGCGGGGCUCAAGCAGCUACGGGUGCUGCAGCUGAUGGAGAACCAGAUCACAGUGGUGGAACGGGGUGCCUUCGACGACAUGAAGGAGCUGGAGCGGCUACGGCUGAACCGGAACCUGCUGCACAUGUUACCAGAACUACUGUUCCAGAAUAACCAGGCUCUGUCGAGGCUGGACCUGAGUGAGAACACCAUUCAGGCCAUUCCCAGAAAAGCUUUCCGUGGAGCAACUGACCUAAAAAAUCUACAGCUAGAUAAGAACCAGAUCAGCUGCAUUGAGGAAGGCGCCUUCCGGGCUCUGCGGGGGCUGGAGGUGCUGACCUUGAACAACAACAACAUCACCACCAUCCCUGUGUCCAGCUUCAACCACAUGCCCAAGCUUCGGACCUUCCGCCUGCAUUCCAACCACCUGUUCUGUGACUGCCACCUGGCCUGGCUAUCCCAGUGGCUGCGGCAACGCCCCACCAUUGGGCUCUUCACCCAGUGCUCGGGGCCCGCUGGCCUGCGCGGCCUCAACGUGGCUGAGGUCCAGAAGAGCGAGUUCAGCUGCUCAGGUCAGGGGGAGGCAGGGCGCAUGCCCUCUUGCACCCUUUCCUCCGGCUCUUGCCCUGCUAUGUGUGCCUGCAGCAACGGCAUCGUGGACUGUCGUGGCAAAGGCCUCACCGCCAUCCCUGCCAACCUGCCUGAGACUAUGACGGAAAUCCGCCUAGAGCUCAACGGGAUCAAGUCCAUCCCCCCAGGUGCCUUUUCUCCCUACAGAAAGCUGCGGAGGAUAGACCUGAGCAACAACCAGAUCUUGGAGAUUGCGCCUGACGCCUUCCAGGGCCUCCGCUCCCUGAAUUCACUGGUGCUCUAUGGGAACAAGAUCACUGAUCUUCCUCGGGGUGUGUUUGGAGGCCUGUACACCCUACAGCUCCUGCUUCUAAAUGCCAACAAGAUCAACUGCAUCCGGCCUGAUGCCUUCCAGGACCUGCAGAACCUCUCGCUGCUCUCCCUGUAUGACAACAAGAUCCAGAGUCUCGCCAAAGGCACCUUCACCUCUCUACGGGCCAUCCAGACCCUGCACCUGGCCCAGAACCCCUUCAUCUGUGACUGCAACCUCAAGUGGCUGGCUGACUUCUUGCGCACCAACCCCAUCGAGACGAGUGGGGCCCGCUGCGCCAGCCCCCGGCGCCUGGCCAACAAGCGCAUCGGGCAAAUCAAGAGCAAGAAGUUCCGCUGUUCAGCUAAAGAGCAGUACUUCAUUCCAGGCACGGAAGAUUACCAGCUCAACAGCGAGUGCAACAGCGAUGUGGUUUGCCCCCACAAGUGCCGCUGUGAGGCCAGCAUGGUGGAGUGCUCCAGCCUGAAGCUCACCAAGAUCCCGGAGCGCAUCCCCCAGGCCACGGCCGAGCUACGAUUAAACAACAAUGAGAUCUCCAUCCUGGAGGCCACCGGCAUGUUUAAAAAACUGAGCCAUCUGAAGAAAAUCAACCUCAGCAACAAUAAGGUGUCGGAAAUCGAGGACGGAGCCUUCGAGGGUGCAGCGUCUGUGAGUGAGCUGCACCUGACUGCCAACCAGCUGGAGUCCAUCCGCAGUGGCAUGUUCCGGGGCCUGGAUGGCCUGCGGACCCUGAUGCUGAGGAACAAUCGCAUCAGCUGCAUCCACAACGACAGCUUCACAGGACUGCGCAACGUGCGUCUCCUCUCGCUUUACGACAACCAGAUUGCCACCAUCUCCCCGGGGGCCUUCGACACGCUGCAGGCUCUCUCCACACUGAACCUCCUGGCCAACCCUUUCAACUGCAACUGCCAGCUUGCCUGGCUGGGGGACUGGCUGCGCAAGAGGAAGAUUGUGACGGGGAACCCACGCUGCCAGAACCCUGAUUUCCUGCGGCAGAUCCCACUGCAGGACGUGGCCUUCCCGGACUUCAGGUGUGAGGAAGGCCAGGAGGAGGGGGGCUGCCUGCCACGUCCCCAGUGCCCCCAGGAGUGCUCCUGCCUGGACACCGUGGUACGAUGCAGCAACAAGCACCUGCAGGCCCUACCCAAGGGCCUCCCCAAGAAUGUCACGGAGCUGUAUCUGGAUGGGAACCAGUUCACGCUGGUCCCGGGGCAGCUGUCCACCUUCAAGUUCCUGCAGCUUGUGGACCUGAGUAACAACAAGAUCAGCUCCUUGAGCAACUCCUCCUUCACCAACAUGAGCCAGCUGACCACUCUGAUCCUCAGCUACAAUGCUCUGCAGUGCAUCCCUCCACUGGCCUUCCAGGGGCUGAGCUCCCUGCGCCUGCUGUCUCUGCAUGGCAAUGACAUCUCCACGCUGCCAGAAGGCAUCUUCGCAGACGUGACAGCCCUGUCUCACCUGGCCAUUGGUGCCAACCCCCUGUACUGUGACUGCCACCUCCGCUGGCUGUCUGGCUGGGUGAAGACAGGCUACAAGGAGCCAGGCAUUGCCCGCUGUGCUGGGCCCCCGGACAUGGAGGGCAAGCUGCUGCUCACCACUCCUGCCAAGAAGUUUGAAUGCCAAGGUCCUCCCACCCUGGAUGUCCUGGCCAAGUGUGACCCCUGCUUGUCCAGCCCCUGCCAGAACCAGGGCACCUGCCAUAAGGACCCCCAGGAGGUGCACAGGUGUGUCUGCCCCAGUGGCUACAUGGGCCGGGACUGUGAGGUGUCCCUGGACAGCUGCUCCAGCGGCCCCUGUGCCAAUGGGGGGAGCUGCCACAUGCAGGAGGGUGAGGAUGCAGGAUUCACGUGCUCCUGUCCUGCGGGCUUUGAAGGCCCAACCUGCGGGGUGAACGUGGACGACUGUGUGGAGCACGCAUGCGCCAACGGGGGCACCUGUGUGGACGGCGUGGGCAACUACACCUGCCAGUGUCCCCUGCAGUACUCAGGAAGGGCCUGUGAGCAGCUAGUGGACUUCUGCGCCCCUGAGCGGAACCCAUGUCAGCACCAGGCCCGGUGUGUGGGCACCCCGGAUGGGCCCAGGUGUGAGUGUGUCCCUGGUUACACAGGCGACAACUGCAGUGAGAACCGGGAUGACUGCAGGGAUCACCGCUGCCAGAAUGGGGCCUCAUGCGUGGACCAAGUCAACAGCUAUGCCUGUGUCUGUGCUGAGGGCUACAGUGGGCAGUUCUGUGAGCUCACUCCUCGCCCGCCUGCCCCCAAGAGCCCCUGUGAGGGGACCGAAUGCCAGAAUGGGGCCAACUGUGUGAACCAAGGCAGCCAGCCUGUGUGCCAGUGCCUCCCGGGCUUCGGUGGCCCUGAGUGUGAGAAACUGCUCAGCGUCAACUUUGUGGACCGGGACACGUACCUGCAGUUCACCGACCUGCAGAACUGGCCGAGGGCCAACAUCACCCUGCAGGUCUCCACGGCAGAGGACAACGGGAUUCUGCUGUACAACGGUGACAACGAUCACAUGGCAGUGGAGCUGUACCAGGGCCACGUGCGUGUUAGUUACGACCCGGGCAGCUCCCCCAGCUCCGCCAUCUACAGUGCUGAGACCAUCAAUGAUGGGCAGUUCCACACUGUCGAGCUGGUCACCUUCGACCAGAUGGUGAAUCUCUCCAUCGAUGGUGGCAGCCCCAUGACCAUGGACAACUUUGGCAAGCACUCCACACUGAACAGCGAGGCCCCCCUCUAUGUGGGAGGGAUGCCCGUGGAUGUGAACUCAGCCGCCUUCCGCCUGUGGCAGAUCCUCAACGGCAGCAGCUUCCAUGGCUGCAUCCGGAACCUGUACAUCAACAAUGAGCUGCAAGACUUCACCAAGACGCGCAUGAAGCCAGGCGUGGUACCGGGCUGCGAGCCCUGCCGCAAGCUCUACUGCCUGCAUGGCAUCUGCCAGCCCAACGCCACCCCAGGGCCCGUGUGUCACUGCGAGGCUGGCUGGGGGGGGCCACACUGUGACCAGCCCGCCGAAGGCCCCUGCCACGGCCACAAGUGUGUCCACGGGAAAUGUGUGCCCCUCGAUGCCCUUUCCUACAGCUGCCAGUGCCAGGAUGGGUACUCGGGGGCCCUGUGCAACCAGGCGGGGCCUCCAGCAGAUGCCUGUGGGGCUCUGCAGUGCCUGCACGGCCACUGCCAGGCCUCAGCCACCAAGGGGGCGCAGUGUGUGUGUGACUCUGGCUUUUCGGGCAAGCUGUGUGAGCAAGAGUCCGAGUGCCGGGGGGACCCUGUCCGGGACUUUCACCAGGUCCAGAGGGGCUAUGCCAUCUGCCAGACCACGCGCCCGCUGUCAUGGGUGGAGUGCCGGGGCUCGUGCCCGGGCCGGGGCUGCUGCCAGGGCCUGCGGCUGAAGCGGAGGAAGUUCGCCUUUGAGUGCAGCGAUGGGACCUCUUUUGCUGAGGAGGUGGAGAAGCCCACCAAGUGCGGCUGUGCCACCAAGUGCGGGUAGCGCCAGGCACAGGUGGGGAGGGCAAGGGGUGCAGCCGAGGUGGGGGUGGGGGUGUGUGGCAGGCAUGAGCUGCAGUCGGGCUGGGGUGCGGGCCAUCACCAGGCCGGCUCCUGGCGGCUGGCCUUGUCACCUAGGCCCCAGAGCAGCAAUGCUAAUGCAGACUGCCCUACUCUGGCAGAGCUGCCGGGCUGUGGGACGCCCUCUCCCAAAGUGCCUUGCACAAGCAGGCGCUUAAUAAAUGUUUGUUGAAUGAAUGUGUGCCUGGGGGUCAGGCCGAGAAGUGCAGAGUGGAGAAGAGCCCUGCCCCUGCCUGCUGGGCCCUUCCCCCUCUCCUGCCUGGGCCAGUGCCACCUGCCUCCUGCAGCUGCCCUGCAGCCCCCUGGCCCUUUGGUCUUUCUCCUGCUCCGUGCACCUGCCCUGCAGGCCAGGAAAGGACUUAGCUUGCUUCCUAGACUAGCAGCACUGCAGUCACCAUGGGUGAUAGUGGUGGUAGAGAUGGGUCCCAACCUGGCCUCUGAAUUCUCAAGUUAUGGGAUGGCCAUGGGAGCUUCUGAAAGGGGGCUCCUGUGGAAGAAACAGACACUGAGGCCUCCCAGGAGGACCUGGGAAGGGGUGUUGUUGGUUCCUGCUGAGUUCAUAGCACCACCUCCAGACUCCAGCCAUGGCUGCAGGGGCCCUCAGGCAGAGGGGCAGAGCUGGGGGGGAGGGGAGCUUGGAUCUGGCUGCUUGUGCAGGGAGGGGAGGGAGGCGGGUUCAGAUGCUCUCACACUACCAGCAGAGAGCCUUGUCCUCUGUCUCUCUGGGCAGAGCUCCCCCUCACCCCAGGCCUCAGUUUCCCCAGCAAUCACAGGUGGGGAUGACUGAAUGAGCAGUGGACAGCCUCUCCUUGAGGCUCCAGGACAGAGUCUAGAGAAGUCAGAAGAUCCAUUUUCAGAAGUCAUGUGGACAGGCAUUCAUGUGCUGGGGCCAGAGGUGCUGCCUCAUGGACAGAUGUGAACUAACCACUGAGCAUCCCUCCUGGAAAUGGGCAGGAAGCUGGGAAGACAGCUGAGCUGAGCAAGAACUGCAGCCACAGCCUGCACAGAGCUGCCCCCCAACCCCCUACCCCCACACCUGCAUGGAAGGACUCAGUGUGGAAGACCUGCAGGCAGCCCUGAGGCUUCUCUUCCGUGCAGAAUGUGGACACUGAAAGCUGACUUGUGCCCCCCAAGUCCAGAGCUGGUUUAGGGUGAAAGUGGCCACACCACCCCAGAUGCCUCUCUAAGAAGACCCUGGGGGAGGGGUGGGUGGCCCUGCUGGGCAAAGGGAAUUAGCUAGCAGGUCCUUUUCUUGGUUCCUUCCACCUGCACACAAAAGAUGGGGGGUGGGGGAAGGAGGCUCGCGGCUGUGUCUUCUGUCAGUGUGGGUAGUAGGGUAACUCCUGGCUCCUGACCAGGGCUUGGCAUGUUCCUCUGCACCUGGGGUUCAGGCCAGGGAGUUUGGGUCCUGGCAGCCUGGUCACUGGGAAGGGGAGAGCCUUGCCCUUUUCAACCGAGGAGGUGUCUGUCCUUACCUGGGGCCAGGCUCUGUUUCCUCAUGUCCCUGAGCAAGACCCCAGAACCCUUCCUGUGUGGACAACAGUCUGGGCCUCUCGAGGCUUCUCCGAGGGCUGCCUGGAAGUCCCUUCUUACUUUCUGAGCUCUGGGGGACCCUGGAGGCAGCUGGGCCCAGUCUGAAUGGUACAGGGAGACUCCAGGGCAGGCAGCUUGCCUCUCCCAUGGAGGAGAGGUGUCCUGGGGCCCACCACCUCCGAGACAUGUUCCUUCCUCUGGCUACCACCAUUCCCACCUUGGAGAAGCAGCUCAGAGGCCUUUGGGGCCUCUUCACUCUGCAGAAGGUGGAUGGAGUGGGGCCCUUGCACCCCAGCACCAAGGAAUCUGGAGGUGAGAGGGUGCAGUAUUCACAGUGGCUCCCUGCCUGCCCCCUCACAACAUCCCAUCCCCAGCCCAGCCCCAAACUUCCCCUCUGUUGAGCUGAAAGAUGGGGACCCACCACAAGGAUGAAGGCAGCAAGGGGCCGUCCCCCUCCUGUGCCCCAGGAUCAGCCUAUUCUCCAACUUAGGCACCAACCUACAAGAUACUAAGGAACUAGGCCCCCAUUCACGGCACCUACUCGCUCGGGGCCUGCUGAGUCCCAGGAGAAGGCCGCCUUGGCAUCAUCUCGCUCGGAAGUCACCUCCACACCUUGCCACCACCUUCACUUUGCUUUGUCGUCACCAUCGGCCGUUUCCAUUAACCGCAUACUGAAAGACAGCAGAGCCAGUCCUGGUGUGGCCACGCUUCCUGUGGCACUGCCCGUACCCACGGUGACACCGGUGGGUGUCAGGAGGGUAAAAGGUUGGACUCGGUCUCUCUUUGCCUGCUGUUAGCCUAACCAUGAAAGUAUCUCUUUAUACAGAAUACUUAACAGAUUCUAAUAUAUAUUUGUAUUUCAUUUUGUUAUAGUAUUUUUAUAUGUUAAAGUCAACACUCAAGUGUCUCUGGUUUUGGUUUUCAGAUGCUAUGUGGUGUUGUGACAUUUUGUUGGGGGGCUUCUGUAGUCUUGCUUGGGCUGCUUUUCACAGAGACUGAUUCAGAGCAGGCCUGCGAGGGAGGUGCCCCCGCCCUUCCCUAGAAUUUGUUGUCAGAACAUGUUGGAUAUUGUCUGCUGUCUUCCAUGAGAACAUGACAUUGAUUCACUCA